AUGGCGGGCAUGGGGAGUCUGACCCUGGGACAGGCUGUUCUCCUCGCACAAAACUCUCCUGGCGGUGUCGACCAACGUCUCGCCCAGCAUCUCGAGAGGAAGCUGGCCGAGGUUCACGCUAAGUUAAAAGCGCAUCCCAAUUCAUACGUCCUCCCACAAGACGAAUUCGCCCUCAUCAACUACUAUCGUUCACGGUUCGGCGAUUCAGAAAUCAUCAAGAGCGCAACAAAACGGUUUUGGGACAACCAUCGUGGCCGAAGCUGA